GCAAAGCGGUAUUUGUUCGAAUUUAACGAGAAACAAAGAUGUCGAUCAUUGUUUGUUCUCUGUAAAACAUUGAAUUUUAUGUUUGUUUAUGAACUGUGUUGUGUUCGUCGUAAAUCAUUGAGACAUAAAAGCCGCCAAGAUGUCUGCGAAGAACGCCAGUUCCAUCCAGGUCUGCAUCAAGGUGCGUCCAUGCGAGCCCGGACUCACUUCGCUCUGGCAGGUGAAGGAGAGCCGCUCCAUCCAAUUGGUGGACAGCCAAGCGGAGCCCUGCGUCUUCGACUAUGUGUUCGACGAGGGUGCCAACAACCAGGAGGUGUUCGACCGGAUGGCCAGGCACAUAGUGCACGCCUGCAUGCAGGGCUUCAACGGAACUAUUUUUGCCUACGGCCAGACGUCGUCGGGCAAGACGUACACCAUGAUGGGCGACGGCCAGAACCCGGGCGUCAUGGUGCUGGCCGCCAAGGAGAUCUUUCAGCAGAUCUCCAGUGAGACGGAGCGGGACUUCCUGCUGCGCGUCGGCUACAUCGAGAUCUACAACGAGAAGAUCUACGAUCUGCUGAACAAGAAGAAUCAGGACCUUAAGAUCCACGAGUCCGGCAACGGGAUUGUGAACGUGAACUGCGAGGAGUGCAUCAUAACCAGCGAGGAGGACCUCCUGCGCCUGCUCUGCAUGGGCAACAAGGAGCGCACUGUGGGCGAGACCAACAUGAACGAGCGAUCUAGCCGUUCGCACGCCAUUUUCAGAAUAAUUAUUGAGUCCCGAAAGUCGGAUCGCAGCGAUGACGAUGCAGUGAUUCAAAGCGUGCUGAACCUAGUUGAUCUGGCUGGAUCGGAGCGAGCGGACCAAACGGGUGCUCGAGGAGCGCGCUUGAAGGAGGGCGGUCAUAUAAACAAGAGCCUACUUUUUCUGAGCAACGUUAUUAAGAAUCUGUCGGAAAACGUGGACAAUAAAUUUAUCAGCUUCCGCGAUUCCAAGCUGACGCGCAUCCUGCAAGCUUCCUUGGGGGGCAAUGCACUUACAUCCAUCAUUUGCACAAUCAAACCAUCUAUCAUGGAAGAGUCGCAGUCUACCCUUAGUUUCGCCACGCGAGCCAAGAAGAUCCGCAUUAAGCCGCAGGUCAACGAGAUGGUCUCUGACGCCACAAUGAUGAAGAGGCUGGAGCGCGAAAUAAAGGUGCUAAAGGAUAAGCUGGCCGAAGAAGAGCGCAAAAACGAGAGCCAGCUAAAGGUACAGGAUCUGGAGCGACGAAUAAAGCGCGACAUGCACAAGAUAAUCUCUAGCCAAUCUCUGAGCGACAAGGGCCAGCAAAAGCGACGCCGCACUUGGUGUCCCACUGCAUCGGGUUCGCAUUUGGAGCCAGCAGAGACCGGCAUCACUGACGAGCGACAUGUCCAAUUUCCAAAGGUGUCCCACCUUCCAAAACCAGUGUUUUUUCCCACUUCAAAUGCUGCCAAACGAUGGGACAACAUUCCAAAGACCAUCAACAUUUUGGGAUCCCUAGAUAUCGGUGACGUGAGCAACUCCAUUAGUGAGGAAUUUCUUCCGGCAGAGUGCAUUGACUUUGGCUCACCUCGCCCAGAUGUAUACAAACCAACAUUGAUCGGCAAGCAACUGCCAGACCUGACCCUCACUCCCAUGGGCCCCUUAACAGUGGAAAAAAUCAAGACGGAGAUCCAGGACCUGCAAAUGUUCACCAGCUUAGAGAAGCACUUUGAGGUGGAGUGCGAAGAGGUGCAGGGUUUAAAAGAAAAGCUGGCCGAGGUUACAGCUCAGCGGGAUCAUUUAGAGCAAGGUUCUUUAGCUGAAAAGGAGCGUAAUGAUGCUCUUCAAGAGGAGGUAACCAGUCUUACAGCGGCCAAUGAGGCUGCUAAUUUGAAGAUCAGCGAUUUGGAGGUGCAACUGAGUACUCUGGAACAGACUGUGGCCAGAUUAAAAGUGGAGAAUCAGGAGGCCGUGGGCCUCGAGUUUGAGUUCGAGGCUCACAAGAAAUCAUCGAAGCUUCGCGUGGAUGACUUGCUCUCCGCCCUCUCAGAGAAGGAGUUGACCAUAGAGAGUCUUCAGAAGUCCCUCGACAAUUUAUCUCGCGAUGUGUUACGGAACAGCAAGGAGGACCACAUGCUUUCCAUUGCCCUAGAACCGGAAGACACCACCGGCGACGACAGUACGUGCAAAAAGUGUGAGCAACUGGAGAAGCUGAUUGCAGAUUUAGAGUCCAAGAAUAAUUCCUGCGAGUGUGAUCAGCUCCGGUCUGAGAUCGUCUCUGUUCGCGACAAGUUAGAAAGCAUGGAAUCGGCCUUCAACCUGGCAAGCGCCGAGGUUAAUCAAAAGACGUCUGAUUGCGAGCGGCUUUCGCAAGAGUUAUCCGCCUCUCAGAUGGACGUUGGGCAACUACAGGAAAGAUUCGACACUCUGGAGCAACAGUGGCAUGCACAGCAAGUGGACAUGAAAGACAUGCGGGAUGACCACGAAAUCGUUCAGGAGAAGUACCAUGAUAUGCAGGAGAAAAACGAGCAUUUAGAACGCCGGGCUAGCGCCUCUAGCACUGAAGUUCAACGGCUUCAGAAGGAGAACACGAACUUGCAAGCAGAGAUCAAAGGCCUCGAGGAACAAGUUGAAGAGUCCCAAAGCAUGCUCAAAAAAGCCCAAAGCCCCGAAUCUCAUGUGGAAGCGCUUCAAAUACAAAAUCAAGAACUAAAAGCAAAAAUCACUGAACUGGAGAAAAACUUUAAAGAGAUGGAGCGGGAAUACGACUGCCUUUCCAACGAUUUGAUGGAGAGUGUCCAGGAGAACGAUGCCCUGCAAAAGCAGCUAAAGAAUCGACCCACGAGUCUGGAUGCUGAGUCUAUGAGGAGUUCCGGUAUUAGCACCGAGUUUAACGAACAGGAGCAGGAGAUCAACCUUGACAAGAACCUGCUGCACCAGUUUGUCAAGCUAUCUGAGUCCAUCCAACAGAUAGAGCUGCAGCAUCAUUCCGGCAUCUGUCGCCUUUUCAGGGCCAACCAAAUGGAGAUUCAGGGUCAGAGCGAGCCAGGACUUAAGCUUUGCCUCGAGUCUGUUGAGUACAUAGAGGAAGACACUCUUGACUCAGAUACAACUGAAUCUAUUUGUCUCAAAGGUUUCCUCAAGCGACACAGGUUCCAGAUAACGCGCCUUAGCCAGGAAAAUGAAGAGAUGGGAGAGGAAAAACGACUGCUCGAUAUUAUUUCGCAGCUGAAACAGGAAAUCGAAGAGAAGACUGCUCUUAUGGAGGUCACAGAGGCAAACAUCAACGAAAUGCAAGAGCAGAUGAAUGACCUAAAGUCGACACUCCUGGAAAAGAGCGUUAUAGUGAAUAAGGUUGAGGACUACCAGCGGCAGAUCGAGUCCCUGGAAAAACAAAAUGCGGAGAUGACAAUGGUGUACGAAGAGCUCCAGGAUAGAGUAACAAGGGAGAGCUCGAUGAGCGAGAGUCUGCUCCGAGUUCCGCCUGACGAGGAUACCCUUCCAGGCUGCCCCACAUCUCCCGGCAGAAGAGAUCAGGAGGUGGCCACGCUCAAGACUUCCAUAACGGAAUUGCAGUACCAGGUCUGUGGGCUGCAGUCCGAACUUGAAAACCAGUCAAGGCAGAUCCAGUUAAAGGACGGAAACUUAGCGGAAUUACAGACCGAUUUUGAGGAAAUGAGUGAGCGGUGCUUAUCAAUGGAGGUGAAGCUUGCCGAGUUGCAAGCGGAUACUAAACAAAAACAGGAUCUCCUGGAUCGCCAGGCGCAGAAGCUGUCCGAUGACCUACGUCUAAUCGAUCAGCUUCAAGAGAAAAAUUCGCAACUCGUUGAACAAAGCCUAAAAGCGACAGAAUCUCUCAAUCUUGCGGAUGCAGAGCCGGAUCAGAUGCAACUUUCCUCCCAAUAUGAAAGUCAAAUCAAGAAACUUAACCAGUUGUUAAAGGCAACCAAAGAAGAACUAAGUGAUGUGCGGAUGAUAAAAGAUAAUGAAAUAAGUGCUUUGCGAACGGAGUUUCUGCUGAAGAUUGAGACGAGCGAGAAAGAGAACCAAGCCAAGUUCAUCGAUGAGUUGCAAGAGACUAAAGAUCGCUAUGAGAGCAAUGUGGCCGCUUUAAAGGAGCAGCUAUUGCAGGCAGGGGAGAAACUCUCCAGUGUUACGGCUAGCUGUCAGGCGGAGUUGGAAGGGCUUAAAUCUGCUCUUCAAGAAAACAUUUCCCAGGCUGAGGAGGAAAGAAACCACUUGGCUAUCCAGCACCAGGCAGAAAUGGAAAUAAUCAGGGAAACCCUUCAAGAGAAGCUAGCUGAGGCUAGAUCACAACAAUCCAAAAUGGAGGAUGCCUUUAAAGCGGAAAUAAGCGAUGUUCGAGCAACCUUGAAGGAGCAAUUGACUCAAACGGAAGAAGAGCGCGAUAAGGCAUCCUCGAAGCUUGAGGAGGUGAAAAAGUCGUUGGAGCAGAUGAUUUGCGACAGAAGUGCGAUGUCAGAUACAAUUACUGAGUUGGAGAAAACCAGAGCUGAGCAGGACUUGGCAUUCAACAAGUUAAAAAUGGACAACAUCGAAUUAGAGAAGCAGUGCAGUAAGACCCAGGAGCAGCUGCAAAUGCAAUCACUUACUCUAGACCAAAACAGUUCGGAAAUACAAGCACAUAUUAAACAACUGGAUUUGAUUGUGGCCUCUUCGAACAAAAAGAUUACUGAGCUCCAGGAAAAAUGUGACCAGCAAGUUCUGGACCUGGAUAACAUUAGGAUGGAGAAGUUGUCACUGGAAUCAGAGAUUCAAAAGGCCAAACUAGAGCAUUUCAGCACCCUAGAUAAGCUACAGGAAGUCCAAGCUGAAAUUAUAGUCCUAAGCAAUCGGAAUGAGACGGAAAAGAGUGAUUUCACAACCAAGUUCGAGAUAUUUACCUCCAAGAUAACCGAUCUCGAAGAAGCCUUGAAGGAAGCAGAACAAAAAAUCGUUCUGUAUGACGAUUUGGUAUCGCAGCACGAACGCCUGAAAAUCUGUCUUGCCGAUUCAAAUGAACUGUCAUCAAACUUGCAAAAGAAAGUGGAGAGCCUGCAAUCGGAAUUGAUUGAUUUACAAAAGGGAAUCUCGAGUCGAGAUGUGGAAGUAGAAGAGCUUCGCACAGAACUGAAGAACGUCAUGGAUGCAAAGACAACUGCGAGUACGGAUAAAAUGACUUUGGUAACGCAGCUCAAAGAAGUCGAGGAGCAGAUGACUGCACAAGCAAAAAAGUUUAUACGCGACGCGGCUGAACUAAAGGGAUCAGUAAGCGAGCUUCAAUUGAAGCUUAAUUCUCUGCAAGAAACUAAAGAUAAGCUAGAGUCUGGAAAUGAAGAGCUCAAAGUAAAGCUUAGAAAUUCUGAAAAUCUGCGGGGCAUGUGGGAAGAGGAGAAUAAGGUGUGUGUCUCCCUGAAAGAAAAAUUAGUCAAACUGGAAGAAGCUAAAUCUAACCUUGAGCAGCAGUUGCAAGCCAGUAAAUCAGAAAUAUGUCAAAGAUUCACGGAUCUAACCCAUGAGGUGGAGCUGGGCCGCAAUACAAUUAGUGAACUCACCAAGGAGUGCGAAAAUCUACGCUCUAAUCUGGGGGAACAAGAUAGCAAAGACCUAAUAAUACUCGUUCUGCAGGAAACAAAACAGCAGCUGGAGAAAGAGCUGACCACUCUUCGGGAGAUGGAGGAAGACAAUGCUCGACUUAAGGCUCAAUUCCCAUCCAACGAGGCGAAGUUUGCAGCUCUGCAAGAAGACUUUUCAAAGCUCCACUUGGUCGUAGAUGAGAGCAAUAUCAAAAACCUUGCAUUGGUACAGAAGCUCGACGAUAUGACAAGGGAGUGCGAAAAACUGCGACUUGAUAUGCAAUCCAAAGAGACUACUAUCCAAACGGAGAGGGAGCACUUAAACAAUCAAGUUUUUAGUCUUAACGAGCAAAACCGUAUCCAGGAGGAAAAGCUGAGAAUGCUCAACGAUAAUGGCAGUAAGCUUCAGGAACUCAUGCAAGAGUGCGAGCAGCUCCGGUCAACUCUGAAAUGCAAGGAAGCCAGUUUCCGGUCUGAGGUGGAACGCAUGGACUGCACAAUCUCAAGUCUCUUAGAAGACAAACGCGCCCUUGAGGAAAAGUUGUGCUCGGUCAACGAUAUUGUGGCUAAGCUUGAGUCGGAACUAGGCACAUUACAAGCAAAUAAAGUAAACCCAAACAACGCUUCAUUCGAGUCAAUUGCCUCACACGGGUCGCCAGGUGCCCCUGCGGCUAGAAAAAGUGUGGAUCGGAACUCUGGCCCCAGGAAAUCGAUUACCUCUGAAUCCGAAAUACGGAAGAAUCGACGAAUCAGCGUCCACGACGAGCGGCGGCAGUCUUACUGGAACGACGUUCGGGAAAUCGGCAUCAUGACGGAUCCCGUUGACAACAACUGCAGCUGUGCGGAGUUGAAUAGCAAGCUCCAGGAUUGCCAGCGCGAGCUCUUCAUCCGCGAGAGCCAAGUGACGGCACUAAACAUGGAGCUGAAGCAUCAUCCGCUGAAGGACGAGAAUGCGCAACUGAAGAAGAGAGUUUUGGAGGAGCAAGAGAAGGCACGCUCUGACCAGAAACGGCUUAAGAUGAAGCUUCAAGAUCUUAACGCAAAGAUUUCUGACCUCACCGAUGCUGCGGCAUUGUCCAAAGAACCAGGAUCUAACCAAAAAGCACAGGCUGCCAAGUCUGUUACCGUACCGGCCCAAACUCAGACAGAAUCCGAUCUUGAGGCCAUCCUUGAGAAAACGAACAUAAAGUAUCAGGAUGCGGUUCGGUUGUUGCGCUUCCGUUACAAUCUCAUCAAUGAUCUGGAAGAGAAACUUAGGCAAAACGAAAACAAAGAUACUUCGAAUAUUACCUUACUCUCAGCUGGUCAAACUAGUGCAUUGAAGGCACAGUGCGAGUCCCAAAAGAAGGAAAUUUCUACAAUCAAAAAUAAGUAUGAAACCGCAAAACGAGUUUUGGCGAUGCGACUAGAGGAGUUGAAUGUCCUGCGGGAAAAAGUCGCAAAAUAUGAAACAGCUACAUCAGCUAAAUAAGUCACUAUGUAUUAUAUUUAUAUUUUAAAAGUGUAUAUAUGUGCAUGGGUUUGGUUUUAAGUUAAUUUUGUCUGACUUACAGUCGCCAGACUUCAUUUAAUGUAUUGUACUUAAACGUCUCUUCUUUGUUAAGUAUUCAAUACCAAGCAAAUUAAUUAGGUCCGCAUAUUUUAAGUAAAACACAUGUUGUCUUCAUAACGCGGCUUUAUUGUAAUGUCAAUAAAUAUUUAUAUAACUUUCUAA